AUGUACCCCAUAACUCACUCGGAAAUCCCUGCUGCAUCCAGCACGCGGCCCAUCAACAUGGUACCCUAUCGUGGUGAAGGCAGUCCAGAACGUAUAUUACGGCCUCGACCUGUCAAGCCACCGAUUCCUAGCAAUUUGCGAGCACAGGAAGACUAUGGAUUCCACCUGCUACCAGAUCCAACCGUGUCGGGCAUCUCCAGCGGGCGUUCAACACCAUUACCUCCAGAUGCACCUCCCUCCGAACAAUCAAUCUCUUCCGCCAGAAAACACGCAAGAGCACAAGCCAAACACCGCCUGUUCCAUACCAUCAACUACACUCCUAGGGUUUCGCACUUCGAUCCGAGCAGUGACUAUCGAGAUUUCAAAGGCUUCUUCGUAUUGUUCUGGAUCAGCUUGACAAUAAUGGUACUUACGACCUUCCUGAGAAACAUCAAAGACACAGGCUACCCUUUACGGGUCCAGGUAUGGAAACUGUUAUCCGCCAAUGUGAUACAGCUUGCCUUUAGCGAUGGGGCAAUGGUUCUCAGCACCGCUGUCACCCUGCCGCUACACAAGAUUUUCAGGAGUAGUGCUCGAGCAUUACGAUGGCGGAAUGGAGGCAUUAUCAUACAGAGCGUAUAUCAAUGCUUCUGGCUGGCGCUUUGGGUGAAGUGGCCGUUCACGUUACAAUGGACGUGGACUGCGCAAGUCUUUUUCAUUUUGCACACCCUUGUCUUGCUUAUGAAAAUGCAUUCAUAUGCAUUCUAUAACGGCCAUCUGAGCGAGAGUGAGAAGAGAUUGAAAUCUCUCGACAAGCCAAGUGACGCCUCGCUGGCUGACGUGGUCAAGUAUCCCAGCUCUCCUACAAGACAACACAAUUCAACGGCCAACGGAUCAGCAGAGAUGGUCGAGCAGGAAGAAAAGCUAGAAAAACUAGAAAAGCUUCGGGAAGACCUCGCAAGUGAGUUGACAUCGCCGUUGGGAAUAACGACCUAUCCAAAGAAUAUGACCUUGUGGAAUUAUUGCGAUUUUGUGCUGUGCCCCACGCUCUGCUAUGAACUUGAAUAUCCGCGUACACCCAAGAUACAGUGGUUAGAGCUCUUCUACAAGACCCUUGCGGUAUUUGGCUGCAUCUUCCUGCUCACCCUGAUAAGUGAGGAAUACAUCAUGCCGGUACUUGCAGAGUCGGCAGGUCGGCUACAGCACGUCACGAAGCUGCUAGAUAAGGGGCUGAUCUUGGCCGAGACGAUCAGCAUGCUCUUAUUUCCAUUUAUGAUCACAUUUUUGCUGGUGUUUCUGGUCAUUUUCGAAUACCUUCUGGGGGCAUUUGCGGAGAUCACUUGUUUCGCCGAUCGACAUUUCUAUUCAGAUUGGUGGAAUUCGAGUGACUGGCUGGAGUUUUCUCGGGAAUGGAACAUCCCCGUUCACCAUUUUCUCCGUCGACAUGUUUACUUCUCCUCGAAGACAUACUUCUCCAACUCGAUCGCCAUGCUGAUCACUUUUCUCGUUAGCGCCUUUGGCCAUGAACUGAUCAUGGGCUGCAUCACGAAGAAACUUCGAGGAUAUGGCUUCGUGGCCAUGAUGCUUCAGCUUCCGAUCGUUGCCCUGCAGAGAUCGAAAUUGGUCCGCGGCAGCAUGCCGUGGCUCCGUGGUAUCAAGGCUUGA